ACUGGAUUGGACCGAAACUCUGGGACAUUUCAUUUCAAGUUUGACGAUAAAUUAUUUGGUAGCACUUUUUAAACUUCUUCAGUACAGAAUUCAAAUAGAAUAAACUUUAGAUCGCAAGCAUAUGCUUUGAGAGGGACGAUGUAGCGAGAGAAAAUCAACAAAAACAACUUUGAAUUUCAAUAAAUAUACAUCGGAUUUGUUUCUUUGUUCUAGAUCUAAGUUUUUGAAAGUUCCUUAAGAAAAGAAGAUUUUUAAAUCCUUGCCCGAACGUUCCGAAGAAUUUAGGGAGUUCAGAGAGCAGGGAGUGAUCAUUGUGUUGACAGUUUGAAGCAGACAAUAACAGGAAGACAAGACAAACCAGAACAAAGAAAUGCCAGAGCCAUCAAGUUUUCGUUACUCUCAGCCAUUGCAAGUUAAUCUAGAGAAUAUACCUCAGAGGACUAAACAUGAUGCUUACAGUGUUCCAUACCAAAUACUAGUGCCACAAUCUUCUGACUCCCAAGGAUAUCCACCUAUGUACACACAAAUGACUGAUGAGAGCCAAGACGCAUUACUACCACGUUACACCUAUGGUCAGCAGCAGUUCUCUCAGCCUGUCCAGUACAUUGUCCAACCUGGAUCUAGAUACAUUUCUCAGAUAAAGAGAGAGCGCCAUGUAAGUGAUUACUUAGGUUUAAGCAUAUUCACUACCUUCUGCUGUUGUUUGCCAUUAGGAAUUUGGGCAAUAAUUGAAUCCAACAGGGCAAGAAAGCAUGCAGGUCAAGGACGAUACGCGGACGCCCAAAAGAAUUCGAGGUGUGCAUUGAAUCUGAACAUCGCAUCUUUAAUUUUAGGUGCUAUAUUGAUUGCAGUUUUAAUUAUCUACAAACUUGUACUUAAGCAAAAUAAUAAUGAUCCUUAAAUAGAUAUAUUCUUGUGUGGCUCAAAUAUAAUUAAGGUAUAUCACUGUCAUGUGGGGCAGGGAGUCUAGGCUGUAUAGAAGUGAAAACCGGAAGUUGUUAACAAACUAACACUAUUUAGUUUCUAUUAAGAGUCUACAAUCAGUUUAAGGAGUUUUUAAGUUUAAAGCUUCAUGUGAUGUCAACAUUUGAAUAAUUUUUUAAAAUGUUAUUUACAUUAUAAAGCGUAUUAUUGCUUUGUA